AUGAUGCGCAAGCUGGCCCUGAUCGUUGCGCUCUCCUCGAUGCUCACCGCAAGCGCCACAUCGGCGCGGCUCGUCGAGCAUGCAGUGUUUCCUUUGAACAACGACUCGAUUCAGAUGUAUGCGCACCCCGAUAUAGAGCCCUCAAAUACUUGGCCCACGAUCAUCUUUGCUUCUGUUAUCGUCGAUGUGAUGACAGAGUGUCCCCAGGGACGUACCCGGCUCGGAUCCGGUGGUUUCAGCAUCAUCGUUCUCCGUAGCGGCGGUGAGGUCGAGCUCAAAGUGUUCAACAAGCGCAACGGCGUUCGCGCUGUUCGCAUCCUCAACGUGCCCCCCUCUGGCAGCUCCAUCACUUUCGCCAUGGAUCUACGUGGCUUCGGAUCCGACCAAGUUGCUGCUGGUCACAAGGGAUGGUCUUCACUCGAUGAUCGUAUGUGCUGUCGUCCUUGGGCCACCCUCAUCAUCUCGAUCGAUCUCGAGCGCUUGCUUGUCGUGGUCGACCCAACUGCUGCUAAAAGCUGGGUUGUGUGUCCCAUGAUCGCGCAGACCAUCGCCGGGCCAGAUCGAUGUGGAAAGCAAUAUCCUGUUGGCCGCUACGAAUGCACAGACAGCCUACAGUCUCUCCAACUCGUUCACGUUCCCAUAGGAGAGCAGCCCGCAAUCUCGGUCUACCCUAUUUCCGUCGUAGCUCGUGCAGAAUGCCCCGACGGACCAGCCUUUACCAAUCCCGGCAGCUUCAAAGCGGCGGUCAUCUCGCAAACUCAGCCCAGUUGGGUCGGUCUGAUGACUUAUGAUCGUGUGUGGGUCAGCAACAUCUUCCAAAAGGGCGUCCAGAACACCAACGGCGUGCGCGAGCUACAAAUCGCCUUUUCUUCAGUUGGAUCUGGCGCGGGACAGCCAUGGCCGGACCAGCAGCGUAGAGCAUGCUGUUAUCCUUACUUCAGGACGGGCGCCUUUCUCGGCAUUCGCACGCCCAGAUUUCGCUACGCCAUCAACGCCUUCGCCACUCUCUUCAAGAUUUCUUGCUAUCCCGAUGGUAUGACGACUCGACCGUACGAUUGCGAGCGGACUACACCGUUCGAGCUUCCGCCGAUGUGCCAUCAGAUCCUCCCUCAGAUUACGCUCAUGGCAGGUGAGACUCCGAUAGACCCUGUGCUGCUGCAGUAG